AUGCCUGAAGAAAGCACAGAGCAGUCGGGGCCCGAGGCGUCCACACCGCGGCAACAGGAGAAUGGGGAGCCGUCGACAGAGGGGCUGAGGCAGGCGCACGCUAAGCUGGCGGAGCUGCUGUACGCCGCUGCCGCCAUGCUGGACUGCAUCACACAGCUGGGGGCUGCUGGACCGCCACGGGGCGACGGCAGCCGACGACCACAGCGCCUUCCCGUCAUUUCGAUGGAGCACCGCUUUGAAAAUCCCGCCAUCGCCGCAGCUGCUGUUGAGGGCGUGGCUGGUCUGAGCAUCGCGUCCAACGGCGGGAGUACAGUACCUGCCGCGUCAUCACCAACGGACGGAACGUCACCACGGGUGCGACCGGCGAUGCCAUCGGUUGUUCGCGCCGAGGCAGAGCCGGUUUGUCGAUGUUGUCCACGUUCCGCCGCUUUCGCCCUCCAGCAGGUCCGUCCGGAGGCUAGUUGCAAGCCGCGAUCCGAAUACCAGGCGAGCGAGGAGCCCUUCCCCACGGAGACUCAGUACAAGUUGGACUUCCGCGCGUGGCCCCUUCAAACGCGACGGGAGCGAUGCGCCGGCGGUGCUGGAGGUGGCGCUGGAGGUCACGUGGGCGCAGGCGCGGUCACGUGGGAGGGGCCCGGCCACGUGGCAGCCACGGACGUCGACCCUCACGGCCACGACGUUGGUGGGACCUCGUCGUAUCGGGCCCAGUUCCGCCUGUGGCCUGACCUUUCUGCGGCCGCUCCGUGCCGGCCUCUCAAACUCCACCCCGUCUUCAAGUCGCCCUUUGAGCCUCCUCCUCCUCCCGUGGCCGCCGCCGGUGCCGGCAGCGGCGCCGGCAGCGGCGUCGGCACCGGUGCCGGCAGUUCCGGCAUCUCCAGCCACAACAACCAGAACGUCCACCACCACCACCACGCGGGGUCGGCCGCGGCCAGGGCCUCGUCCUCCUCCUCCGGCAUCGCCAAGCGGGCCACUGACCGCUUGGCCAGGGCCGGAGGGGCCCGCGGGACGCCCAGGGAGGGAGCCAAGGAGGGGCCCAAGGAGGGGCCCAAGGAGGGAGCCAAGGAGGGGCCCAAGGAGGGGCCCAAGGAGGGGCCCAAGGGGGCCGCUGGGAAUCGACGGCCACUCGGGAAGGCCGGGGGGGCUGGGGGGGCCGGGGGUGCCGGUGCCCGGAAAGUGAACAAGGCCGAGAAAACGGACAAGAAGCUGCCUGGCACCACCGCCACCACCAUCGCCACCGCCACCGCCACCACCGCCACCGCCGCUCAUAAGAGAGGCAGGCCCGGUGCGGCCCACGUGACCAAGUCCGGCGCUCGCGACUCGACAACCGGCAGGACGGGCGCCAAAGCUCAAGCCGGCGGCGGCGUGAACGCCAACGCCGGCGGUGCCAGCGCCGGUGGUGCCAGUGCCGGUGGUGUCAACGCCGUCGUAAAGCCGGGGCCCAGCGGCGACGCCAACGCCGGUGGUGCUAGCGCUGGUGGUGCUAGCGCCAGCGGUGUCAACGCCGGUGUCAACGCCGGCGGUGUCAAUGCCAGUGGUGCUAGCGCCGGCGGUGCCAACGCCGGUUCCAGCACCGCCGGUGCCAACCCCUCGGCAAGCGCCGGGGGUUCCACUGGCGCCGCUGCCGCCGCCGCGGCCCGGUCGGAGAAAGAUGCGGCCACCCCCACGCCGGGACGAGCCAAGGAGAACGGCCCCAAGGAGGGCGGUGCCGGUGGUGCCGGCGGUGGUGCCGGCGGUACCGGCGGCGGUGGUGCCGGCGGUGGCGGCAGCGGUGCCGGUGGUGCCGGCGGUGUAAACGGCGGCGCUGGUGCUGGUGGUGAGGCCCAGGCGGCGCUGGCUGCGGCGCGCGGAGCCGACGUCGCCCUCGCGUUCAGCAACAAGCUGAUCGAGGCACGACAGUAGACCUGGUGACCUGGUGACCCAGUGACCUGGUGACCCAGUGACCUGGUGACCCAGUGACAUAGAGACCCAGUGACCCAGUGACCUGGUGACCCAGUGACUUGGUGACCUGGUGACCCAGAGACCUGGCGACCUUGUGACUUAGUGACCUGGUGACCCAGUUACAUGGUGGCCUGGUGACCCGGUGAACUGGUGACCCGGUGACCCGGUGACCUGGUGACCUGGUGACCCAGAGUCUCAGUGACCCAGAGACCCGGUGACUUGGUGACCCGGCAAACCGGCGGCCCGUCUAGCGGCAGAUCGAUUCCCCCUCUCCGCGAUUGGUCGACGAGGGCGGCGGCGGUGGCCGUAGCGGUGGGGAGGCCGUCGCGGUGACGGGACGCGGCCUCGCGGUGCGGCCCCACGGUGCGGCCUCACCGUGCGGCCUCACGUUGCGGCCGCCACUCAGGGUGGGGCCUGCUGGGCGGCUAGGGUAGGCCGUCCCGGGGGAGUUGUGUCAUCAGACCCCUCCGCCACCCGACCACCGCUGGCGACAAAUAAAGCGGGGGAAGUUGUCCGUGUGGGGGGCGUCGUGACGGUGACGCGCCGCUCGUUACGGCUUGACUCACCGUGUGAGUUGGGAGGCGACUCCCACUCACUGACCUCGCUCGCUCGCUCACUCACCCGCUCACCCGCUCGCCCACUCGCUCAUCCGCUCACUGACCCGCUCACUCACCCGCUCACCCACUCACUCGCUCAUGUUCACACUCACCGGGUAAGUUGGAGAGCGACUCCCACUCACCCACCCACUCACCCACCCACACACCCACCCAAACACCCACCUACUCACUCACCCACCCACCCAAUCACCCUACCAAUCACUCUCCCGCUCACCCACCCACCCACUCACCCACCGCCUGCACUCACUCGCUCACUCACUCACUCACCCACCCACCCACCCACUCACUCACCCACCCACUCACUCACUCACCCCAAAGAUCAAACACAAAAACUUCCCCCCCAUGUAGCCUUCACCGACUAUAGGGGCAAGUGCUGUUAGCGAGCAGCACCUAUGAAGGCUACCGGCGCUGUGGCACACGAGGGGGGUGGGUGGCCAGCACCACGCCCGGCCCGCCUUUGUCUCCUCCAGUGGCGAUGUUUAACUCCACACCGCCGCCAGGUACUGAUUUUGUGGCCGAGUUGACCUAGGGGGAGGCCCUGGACCCGUGUCAGAUAAUCGUCACCGGUGUUGGCCGUGAGCGGGAAUCGAACUUCGGGGUCUCUGACGGAUUCGUAGCGCAGCGUAGCGCUGACCGCUUUACCGACCGCUUUACCGACCGAUAGGAUGCUUGGUUGGGGUGUAAUGGGUUUAUUAAAGCUUUCGUGACUGCAGGAAUUCAUAUCGUUGGCUCUUUCGGUAAAGUCACGCACGUAGGUUUCAAAGGAAAUGACAAAACCUACGACGUUUUGAUCGCAACACGUCUUCUGGACGACCGCUUGUGUUGCGAUCGAAACGUCGUAGGUUUUUGUAUGUUAUUUAUGUUAUUUGAACCUAUCAUCGUGACUUUACCGAAAGACCCAAAUUAUGGGUUUAUUAGUUUAGCAUGUAGCGGCACUUUCGCGACCAAUAUCAUCCACAGUAGAGGUUUUUGGGGGGUUAGAUCGCAUAAAUGUAUAAAUGUUGUGUCGUUAAACACCCACCACCACCCGACACAGCCAACUAGUGAGGGUUGUCAUGUAAACAGAACGUGGCCAAUUCGUCACUAGUACAGCACUAGUGUGUAGUGUAUAGUAGUGUAGUGUAUAGUGUAGUGUCUAGUGUAGUGUCUAGUGUAGUGUAUAGUGUAGUGUAUAGUAGUGUAGUGUAUAGUGUAGUGUAUAGUGUAGUGUAUAGUGUAGUAUACUAGUAGGCCUCGGCAAGGUAAGGUAAUUUACCCUUUUUACCGGGUAAAAGGGUAAAGGUAAAAUGUAAAGGUGUCGACAUGCCAAGGGGUAAGGUAAAAAUAAUUACUCGGUAGGGUAAAGGUAGCGUGAAGUGUUACCCGGUAAAUACGGUGCCUUGUUUACCGCUAGAAGCUCCGUGGUGCAGUCCGUAGCCUCCAUUUAAUGACUAAUAUUUAAAACAACUUUUAAAAAAACACGCAUUUAUUAAAUGUACCGUACUAGUAAUGGAAGAACUCCACGACUCCAGGAAGUGGCCCCGAAGCUUGCCACAACGUGAGGGGCCGUGGUGAUUUACAGCCAACGUCAGUUGAGCGUGGACAAUUAGACCCAAGCCGAAACAUGACAUGUAAAAAAAAAUGUUUAGAAAUUUAUACAUUUUUAAUGAUAGAAUAUAGUGUUGUCAUCAGUAUGACAUAAGUAUACCAAGUUUGCAGUCGAUACCACAUUAGGAAGUGGGUAAAAUUUUAGUUACAAGAUUUGAGGAUACAACAACGACAACAACGACAACAACAAUGACAACAACAAGGACAACAAGCGUGUAAAAUUGGACUAAUCGAGAGUAUUCUAUAUGAAUAAAGCGCUCUACCUGGCAUUUACCGUUACAAACCUUGUUCAUGUGUAGUAGUACCCCAGUAAUUACCCUGUAAUCAGGUCAUUUGUAUGCGGUAAGGGUAAAAGGUAGGGUAAAGGUAGGCUCGUUGUUUUUACCUUUUAACUUUUACCUUACCUUGCCGAGGUCUAUAUACCAGUGUGGUGGUCAUGAUUGACACACACACCACGUGCCACAACCAGGGGGGGGAGGGGUAGAAACCGGUCCGGACCGGUCGCGCCAACGGCGGUUGGAACCCCUCUGAGGGGAGGGGGCUGGGGGAAGCUACGAUCCCCCAGAGCCCCGCCCCUCAGGGAGAGAGAGUAUAUAAGGCGGGUCCCUGAGAGCACGAGUCAGUCCGUCUCGAGCCGAAGCCAGAAGCCGCCUUGAGAUCAAGAAGACUCUGGACCCCAAGCCGCCAACGUCCUUCUCAGGGCCGGGGCUCAGUGCGGUGCCGGUGGUCGAGAGGUUAGGACCCUGAGGUUCCUUCGGCCUGAUGACCUUGUGAGGGCCAGGUCCGGACGGGCCAGUGGUCAGGGACCCACCGGACCAGCGGUGGGUCAGCCGAAGAGGUCGCAAACGGGUUUUGAUUCCUUACCCGUACCCGUACCCGGCCGCACCAGGGUCGCAAAUGGGUACCCGUACCCGGCCAUACCCGUACCCUACCCGUACCCGGCCGGGUACGGGUAGGGUACGGGUAUCGGGUACCUGAUUGCGACCUCUGGGAUGAAGCCAUGUUGCAGGCGCGGGUUGGUUGAUUCUAGGAACUUGAAUUGUGAGAAGAGACAAGACGUUGGGAAAUGAGUGACAAACGGUUACUCAUAUUCUUAGGUUUUUUCGGUAAAGUCACGUAGGUAAAAAAAAAUAAUUAAUAAAAGUAAAAUAAAAAUAUUUUAUUAUUUUAUAUUAUUUUUAUUUUACUUUUAUUAAUUUGAAUUUUUUACCUAUGUGACUUUACCGAAAAAAACUAAGAAUAUGAAUCCUUGCAGUCACGAAAGCUCCAAAUCUAAAACAGUUACUCACCAGUGACUCACGGCCUACCCGUACCCGUACCCGGCCGCACCAGGGUCGCAAACGGCUACUCGUACCCGUACCCGGCCGGGUACGGGUACGGGUAGCCGGGUAUCGGGUAGGGUACGGGUAUCGGGUGCCCGGUUGCGACCUCUGGUCCAGUGUCCAUCGUCUAGCCAGCCGGAGGGCUGGAGUAGGGAGAGUCGUAGGUACGAUAGCCCGGAGGCUGUACCUCCCUAGGUUGUGGGUUGAAGGGGCCCAUUACCCCUUUGUGUUAGGGUUUAAGUGUAAACUGUUUGGUGAAAUAAACCGUGUUGCCUCUACGACGACUCCGUCUCCCUACAAGAACAUUACACUAGUACAGCACUAGUGUGUAGUGUAGUGUAUAGUAUAGUGUGUAGUGUAGUAUACUAGUACAGCACUUGUGUGUAGUGUAUAGUUUAGUGUAGCGUAUAGUGUAGUGUAUAGUGUAGUAUACUAGUACAGAACUAGUGUGUAGUGUAUAGUGUAGUGUAUAGUGUAGUAUACUAGUACAGCACUAGUGUGUAGUGUAUAGUUUAGUGUAGUGUAUAGUGUAGUGUAUAGUGUAAUAUACUAGUACAGCACUAGUGUAUAGUGUAGUAUAGUGUAGUGUAUAGUGUAGUAUACUAGUACAGCACUAGUUUAUAGUGUAGUGUCGUGUAUAGUGUAGUGUAUAGUGUAGUAUACUAAUACAGCACUAGUGUAUAGUGCAGUGUAUAGUGUAGUGUAUAGUGUAGUAUACUAGUGUAAUAUACUUGAUGACUCUUGGACGCCGGAGUUGGAGGCACACGUAUUUAUUCAGCACAGCACAAUCGUGGGCAUACAACACUGGAGGGGGUAUCGGCCCCCUCACCCGUCUAGCUGGGG